AUGUCGGAGCCAAACAUAAGCACCACACCCCAGCGAGAGUUUAAAGGUCAUGGAGAUCGCGUACAGGCAGUCGCAGUUUUUCCUGACAAAAGACGAAUGGUCACGGCCUCGUGGGACCACACGCUUCGUAUAUGGGACUUGAAGAAAGGUGUUAUGUUGAAGAAGAUGGAGUGGCAUAGCAGUUGGAUAUCGGCAUUGGCGGUAUCACGAGAUGGGCAAUUGAUAGCAAGCGGUGAUCAGAACGGAGUGGUCACCGUCUGGAAUGGAGAAACAGGUGGGCAACUCACUGGAAACAUCGAAAACUAUGUCAGGUAUGGCACCCACCUCAAUCGGAUCUUUUCACUGGACUUUUCUCCUGAUGGAAAAGUGCUGGCCACUGGUUCAUCAGACAAAACGUUGAAGCUGUGGUGCACCGAAACCUGGGAAGUGCUACAGGUAAUCCACUUUAGGAGCGAGGUCGACCAUGUUCGGUAUUCGCCAUCUGGAGAACUUCUUGCCAUCGGAACAUCAUGGGAUACCGAAAUUUAUAAUUCAAGCACCAGGGAAUAUGUCACAAAACUGUUGAGCGGUUUCGCGGCGAUCACGUGGACGCCAGAUGGCACGCGCCUUCUUUCAUCAGGCACUGAUAAAGCCAUAGUAGAGUGGGAUACAUUGACCUGGCAGCAGGUCGGUGAUCCCUGGACAACGGGCCACACCGAUUAUAUCGAGGCCCUCGCCGUUGAUCCUAAUAGCACACUUGUUGCUUCCGGUGCAUCUGACAGCAUCCGUCUCUGGCGGCUGUCAGAUCGACAACCCGUUGCCAUCUUCCAGCAAUCAUCAGCGUCCCUCACUUUCUCCGUAGACGGCAAACACAUUCUCAGUGGAAGUUAUUACACUGACAAUAACACGCUCACAAAGUGGGCAGUAGAUCCCAAAGAUGCUUUGCAGGAGGAAGGUGCUACUUACAUAAAUGAAGCUAUCUUGUUGCUUUUGAUUUUUAUAUCUCUGUUUUUAUCUGGCUACCCCGAGUCUCCGGUUCAUUUUCUGUCCCUUCAUCGACCCAUCUCGCACAAGGACGCUUUCCCAAAGGACCAUCUAGAUAAUAAGAUGCCAAACGAUAUUCUCAAUAUCAAUAUGACCGCCGACGAUGCAUGCAUUGCGGGGGAUCUGUCUACCGCUGAACAACUGUUUACACGAGAAAUCAACACUGAUGCUAAUAAUUACGUCUCGUAUGCCAACCGCUCAUUCGUUAUGGCACGAAAAUGUGACUGGGACCAUGCGCUUCAAGAUGCAAUCAAGUCCAUCAACAUUCAGCCCUCAUUGGUAGGCUAUAUCUCCAAGGGAAUCGCCCUAUACGGAAAACGCCACAUCCAGGACGCGAAAAUAGCAUUUGAUCUCGCGUCCAUUUUCUCUCGCGUAAUCCGUAUUUCAACUCGUUAUUUUCAGGAGAUCGCUUUUUUCAAUGCGGACCAACACGAAGAAUCAAUCGUAUUUGUGCGAGAGCUUGCUGCAAUGUGUUUGAAUCCCGACUCCCUUGCGUGCCGGGUUGUGGAAGUAUAUCUGCAUGUUCAACUCGGUAUCAAUGCCAUGAAUGACGCUCGUUACAACCACGCUGCUAACCACUUCACUGCUGCUGUCAAGUCCGAUGCUCUCUCAUCCACGUCGACCAUUCAUCCUGUAUGCAAGGACUUUGUGGUGCUCUUCGGAUGGGACUUGAAGUCCUUGUGGCAAAAUGCGCACCAGAAACGAUGCGUUGCGCUCCAUCAAGCAGGCAGGCUUGCCGAGGCCCUGAAUUCAUACCGAGACAUGAUGGAUAAGAUUGACAGGGAUACGAGGGCUAGCUGCCUUGACUGGUCCAACGGCAAGUCUGGAAAAGAAUGUAGCAAGCUCUGCCUUGACAAGGGACAUGCCGCCCUUGCUGCAAGCAACUAUGACAGUGCGAUUGACUUAUACUCGGCGGUAAUCAAUGUAAAUUCUGCAUCUGACGCUGUCUUCGCAAGUCGCAGUAAGGCAAAGCUGAGGAAAAUGCUAUGGGACGAAGCACUUGUUGAUGCACAGAAGGUCAUCCAACUCAACCCUUCGUCUUAUGUUGGAUACAAGUUGAAGCUCGCAGCGUUUGAAGGCGCACGACGGUAUGAUGAUGCUAUCGUGAUCUUCCGAAUGAUGUUCGCCAAAUUGGAAAGUGCAGAUAAUGUCGAACUACAAAAUCUUCGAAAGCGGUAUGCCAGUCCCUCUGAAUCAGAAGGUGUUAUCCGAAGGGCCAUUGACCAACAACUCCAUACCGCCCCGCUUCGUCUGCUCAAUACUGCUACUGGGCUCUUGUGUGACCGUGAAGCGCAGAUAAGCGCCUUCAAAAUGAGUGCGGAGCACAAUCAACUUUGGUUGUCAUGGUCUAUGAAACGCGCAAACCUCCAAACGGAACACAUCACAGAAGCGGUGGCGACUUACUUCCGUUGGGUCAUGUUGUCCCAUAGAUGGGAAGGGAAGGAGCCGCUGUUACAGGACAUCCAUGGCAAGGUUGUAUACAAGUUGAAUUUUCCUGGUGGCAUCGCAAAGUUGCGAAAGUUCUGUGAAAUUGCUCGUGAUGCAGGUUACCGCUGGGCAUGGAGCGAUACAUGUUGCAUCGACAAGACCAGCAACGUCGAGCUGCAACAAUCGCUGAACUCCAUGUUCGUCUGGUAUCAACACUCAGCGCUUACGAUUGUCUACCUUUCGGAUGUUCUGCCUUCAAUCAAGUCUGGCGGUCUAGAGAUGAGUGAGUGGAACAGACGAGGAUGGACCUUUCAGGAAUUCCUUGCCUCCAAAAUCGUCAUCUUUUAUCAGAAAGAUUGGACCCCAUAUCUUAACGAUCACUCUCCAAACCAUAAAAAGUCAUCCGCAAUAAUGGAAGAGUUGAAGGUCGCCACUGGCAUUGAUCGACAGGCCCUCAUCAACUUCUCCCCAGGGAUGAGUGGUGCACGAGAGAAACUUCAAUGGGCGUCAAAUCGUGUUACAACGGUUCAAGAAGACAUCGCAUACUCUUUGUUUGGCGUCUUUGGCGUCCGUCUACCUGUGGAUUAUGGCGAGAAGAAGGCAAACGCGAUCGGGCGUCUCCUGCAGGAGAUUGUUGCUCGGUCGGGCGACAUUACUGCCCUCGAUUGGGUCGGACAGUCAUCCGAGUUCAAUAGUUGUCUUCCUGCUGACAUUACCUCAUAUGCUGCCGCACCAUGCACCUUGCCAUCUUUGUCUGAAACUGAAAUUCAGAUGGAGGUUUCUUUACUGCGACAAAAUACUGUGGCUGUGGAUUUGGCCUCAAAACUCUAUGCCCUGCUGAAGAGCAUGAGCGCUCCUCGCUUCGCCAACCGCAGACUGCAUCUACCUUGCAUCUCAUUCCGUGUCGCGGAAAUCAGGCGGAGGCGUGGUCCAGCCCAGGAGACUCAUUUCAUAUAUGGAGUCAAAGCAGAUGGGCUUCAAGACCUGUUGAUCACUACCGGCGAGACACUAACUCAGUUCUCGCGGGCAAAACCCUCUCGACAAACGUUCUUUCUUGUUCGUCCAUGGGAUCGUGAUCUCCUCGAACAGCUCGACUUUAUAGACGAUGAAGGCAGUGUAGAGGGCUUGUCCGAGCCCAGAUCUCAAUCAGACGGCUCUGACGAGUUGCCCGGCAGUCCGCCUGUAGAAGAGGAGCAUCACUUGCGAGCGUUGCGAUUGAUGGUUCACCUUGGUCAGCCUUUCGGCGCAUUUUUGCUAGCGCAGCAGCGUAUCGGAGAAUACAAGAGGAUUGCGUCGGACCAUAACAUCAUUGCACAAAUCAAUGACAUAGCUUCCGUUGACAACAUGAACGUCAGUUCCAUAGAGAUACUAUAG